CUCUUUAGCUUGUGCUCGUUUCCAGUGGCAAGAUCUUUUGUAUUCGUAUAUUCUCACAUCUGCUCAAUCUGAAAUCUUCAGCUUGCCUAGACAUUGAACGACAUAAUUCAGAUCUCAUUUCAACCCAGUCAACCCGCAAUUGCUGCUGCUUCAUAAUCCAGCAUAAGACAUAAUGACAACCGAGGCUUCCCACCCAACAAUUGCGGCAGGCGAUCAUAAAGCUUAUAUGGAAUAUGCUUUAGAGAAAGCUCGAUUGUCCCCGCCAGCGCCAACAAAGUUCUGCGUUGGAGCAGUUCUUGUCGACGCAGAUAAGAACGAGAUCUUAUCAACGGGAUACUCGAUGGAAUUGCCUGGGGAUCGACCCGGAGAUCCAGGCAAUACGCACGCAGAACAAUGCUGUUUCGUCAAAGUCGCAGAAAAACAUAAUAUCCCAGAAGACCGAUUGGGCGAGGUGUUGCCCAAAAAUACGGUGCUAUACACGACGAUGGAGCCGUGCUACGAGCGGCUAAGCGGGAACAGGACGUGCGUGGACAGGAUAUUGAGUCUCAAGGGUUCCGUUAAAGUGGUCUACGUCGGGAUCAAGGAACCGGAGACGUUUAUCGGUCAGAAUCUGGGCAGGAAAAAACUUGAGGACGGUGGUGUUAUUGUCGAGCAUGUUGAGGGUAUGGAGCAGCGGAUUCUGGAGGUAUCUAUGGCCGGACAUAAUAAAUGAACCGUUAUUUUGAAGAUAUGUACGUAAUGCUAUCUCAUCCUCUUGUCUAAUGUGGAGAAUUGACUUUUAUAGACUACAUCGCUGUUCAGAUAAGGG